AUGUCAACAGGGACCACGAGAACCUGGAGCCGCGACAGUCUAGCUGAGACGAUCACAACAUCCCCUCCACGCCCAACAGUACUCCCAACCCCAACUCAAACGCAACACAUCCAGCUUGCCGCCACACCUGUCUCCCAGUGUCCGGACUCUAACGCCGAGGACGGGGUUAUUGCAAGCGCCACCACCUGUGCUGAAAGGCUUCUUUCAGGGUCUCGAGUAAUCAGCAAUAGUACACGGAUUGCUGCCGCUGUCCUGAAAGAGCAGGCAGAUUGGGGACAUCGCGAGCUUGCAAAUGGAUCCCUAGAUAACGCACAGAGGGCCAUCCGAUUUAUCCAAUGUGCACACACGAGGCUGGAGUCCUACCUAGCACUCAAGGAGACGAACGCCCGGCUAGCAGCAUCCCAUGCAACAGCAGUUGAGGAACGCAAUCAGUUGCAGCGACAGCUAUAUCAGCUAAACCACGUCGCUGCAAUCGAUGCAUACGCCGACUAUGUCGGCCGGCUUCUCCGUGCAGUCCGGAACAGGGUGCAGACGGCUGUCCGCAACAAGCAAAUAUCGCCAAAGAUUGCAAAGGCCGGGUUCCCACAUGCCGACUUCCUGGAUAGGGAUUGGGCAGGUAUCGCGGUUCGCCUGCGAAAAGAAGCCGUGGCAAUUGCGAAGUGGGCUGUUGACACAAGUGUUGACAAGGGCGCCAGGCCCAAACCUGACAUGUUAACGUAUUUAAGCGAUCUCAGCUGGCAGUAUGGCCAGGAUUUCAACGAACGCCUGCGGGUAGAGACACUUGCCUGGAUGGUGAAAACCUACGGCGACCGCUGCGAGGAAGCCUCUAAAUUUAAGCCGCUCGUGAAGAUGAAAGAUUGGGUUGGGCUACACAAUCUAAUUGAGAGCGCGCGAGGUGCUGUUCUUACAGCCUUCAGCCGACCAGCUGACCGAAUGGUCAUGGAAGCGCUAUCUUGUGCAACCAGCUUCUGUCAGCAAUGGUAUUUCUGCCGACCGACACGCCGCAAUAACAAUCAGCGGCACCUUCCCACUAGACACGCCACGGAUGAGGCCGAUCGCUUGUCAAGUCGCGGGGGGUGGAGCAGCAGCACGCUCGACGGCGACAAGAACGACGACCAAGACGAGGACGAGAACGACGGAGAAGAAGGGCGACGACAGACGAUGACGGACGACGUCGCAGAAGGAGGAUAA